GGGGGCCCAGACCUCGGCGCUGCUCUGGCCAAGCAGCUGGAGCACUGCGGGUCACCACCUCCGCCGCUGCUGGUGGAGUUGCUGCCCGCGCCGCGCUGGGGGCUCUUCGUCCUCGGCUUCGCGACGGGCGUGGCACGCACGCUCGCGGUGCUCGCGGCGGUGGCGCUGGACCUCGUCCGCCGCGGGGCAGUGAGGUUCGUGGGCCAGCCGCCCGCGCAGCCGCCGCAGGCGGCCAUCGCGCGCGGGGCGCUGCAGGCGGGGCCCGCCGAGGCGCCCGCCGCCAGCGGCGCGGCGGACGCGGGCGCGCCCGCGGCGGCGGUCGCGCCGCCCCCCGCAGGCAAGGGCGGCAAGCGCGGGGGCAAGGGCGCGCUGGUCGUCGCGCCCUCCGAGGACCUCUUAGGCGCGAUGGCGGCCGCGGCGGUUGCUGCCAUGCUGGGCCGCGGGUCGGCCGCCUGGGUGCACUACGGCGCGGGCGAGCACCACGCGCGACUUGUCGGCGCGCACGUCGAGAACGAUGCACACGCGGCCGCGACGCCCGAUUUCGACGUCCUCGUGGAGCAGCUGAGCCUCAACAACGGGGACUUGGGGGGGAUCCGCUUCUCGGCAUCGAUCGACGCGCGGCCGAGGGGCGCCCCUGCACCUGGCAGUGCGCUGUGCACCUUCGCCUCGAUGGCCGCUGCCGACAGCAGCGAGCUGCUCGCGGAGGCGGACCACGCGGCGAACCUCGAGCGGGUCCAUUGCGGGCUCCCGCGGCUGGGCGAGGCGGCCCGCCAUCGCGACGCCCCAGGAGGCGCGGCCGCCGUCGCGACGCCCGUGCCCGUCGUCGCCCCCGCGCCAGGCGGAGCCCGCCCGGCCCCCGCUGGAGGCGCGAGGGCCCUGACCGAGCCCCUCGUCGGCCACGACGUCGGCGACGAGUUCACGCUGCCAGUGGGCGCGACCGUCCCCGGGACCCGCGCGCUUGUCGUGAUCGACGGCGCCGUCGCGAGCCUCGAGCAGCUCGCCGGAGGAGUCGACCUGACCCGCAAGGCCCUGGCGCGCAGCAACUUCCCCUGCGACGACCCGAGGAUCCUGGCGCGCACCUCGUCGGAGCGGACCCUGGUCGAGGCGGCGGGGGCGAUGUCGGCGUGCACGCGGGGUGGCGCCACCAGCCUGAUCGACCGCGCCAGCAAGUGGCACCGCGAGAGCGGCGUCAGGGCCCACAGCUCGGCAGCCCACGAGCACUCGAUCCCCCAUCGUGCCGUUCAGCUUUUUGUCACGGUGGACGGGCUCAACGAGAAGAACAUCGUCGGGGGUGAGCUCCUCCUAAGGCGCAUGACCUUGCACGAGGAAGCGGUGGCCGAGAACCCUGAGGCCCGGCUGCGUCUCGCGCGUUGGAACGCCGUCCAGUCGGCGGCGCAGGAGGCGGUUGACGGCCUGCACCUGCUCUUCGAGCGCGACCCGCAGGAGCUCUCGGCGUUGCCGCUGCGUGAGGGGGCUGAGGCCGCGGGCGGCUGCAGCUCUUUGCACAGUGCAAUUCACCAGCACCUGUUCUCCACCAUCGCUUCGGGCAUGCCCGAUCAUGUGCAAAGUGACCGCGCCUCUUUGCGUGAGUUGGCCGGUAUCACUGCGGGCUACGAGAUGCUUGCAUGCGCGGUCGAGCCGCGCGACCCGACGAAGGUGUUUGUGCCGGAGGGGCAGGUGUCGCCAGUCGUCUUGACUGAUGUUGUUUCUUUUGAGCUCGGCCGCAGCCUCGACCUUGGUAACAUCUUGGCCGAUGCCGAUGUGGCUGAGUACCGUCUUCGCCACGAGCCCGUCAGAUCCUGCAUGAAUGUCAGAAUCAAGGGUGAUGAAGAUGUCCGACAUACUUGUCUCAGAAGUUUGUAUGAUUGUGGGAUCUUGGGGUUCUGCAGGGCCUCGAAUGGUCAGAUCACACCGUUCUUCGUUAAAAAGAACAAGGCCGCCAAAGACUCGCCCUGGACUGCCGAAGAGUCAACCAGUUUUUCCGCCACCCCCCCCAAGCCCGAGAUGAGCUCGGCCGAAAACAUGCACGGGCUCGAUACGCCAGACGGAGAGUCGCCUGUACUUGUCGCGACGGGGGACAUCCAGAAUUGCGCUUACCAGUGCGAGGUGCCCUCUGCGCUGAGCGAGUUUUUCAGCUGCGAAGCCGUGGAAGUGGGCCCAUCAAAAAAGUGGGGAUCGAUGUCGGACGUGUGGGGAGAUCGCUGCCUGACAGUGGAGAGGCCCUGGAGCGCCUCCCUCUUGGGCCACUACGUCGUCGAGGGCCUCAACCAGCGGCCCGCGCUGUCGGUCUCACGCGCCUCCUACGUCUUCAUUCGGGACUGCUACUGGACCCCGAGGCCCCCGUGGGACUCCGCGUGUUGGGAGCUCCUGGUCUGCGCCAGCUUGGCCUCCCUGCUUUCGGGCAACUUCGGGCGUCCGCGGCCCCCAUCUGUCCUCGCGACCGACGCUUCGCGGAGCGGGUGGGGCACCAUGGAGGCGGGCUUCAACAGAGACGAGGUGGGGAAGAUCGGGGGGUGGAACGAGCGCUGGAGGUUCGAGGAGCCGAUCGGUAACAAGGAGGGCAGGGCCGUCACAAAGGGCAUGCGUCUGGAAAUUCGGGGCCGUUACCAGCACCACCAGAGGCACCUCGUCCUUAUCGACAACUUCGGUGUAGCCCUUUGUUUCUCGAGAGGGCGCGCGGCCUCCUUUGGGCUACUGCAGUUGGUCCGCCGCCUCGCAGCCCCCUCGAUCGCCACGGGCUCACGGGUGGCGCCCCGCUGGGUUCCGAGUGAGUGCAACCCUGCCGACGAGCCGCCCCGCCUCUUCGAGGGGCUCAAGGAGGCGCGGGCCGCGCUGUAUGAGGCGCCUACGGCGGGAGCAGAGCCUGGCAGCCUGUCAAGCAGCCGCCGUGCCAUCGACUUCCUGCGAGGCCCCCCGCCAGCAGGGCGCCGCGAGGCGGAGGGCUCGGCCGCCUACACGCAUUUCGAGAACCUGUUCCGCGAGUGGCAGCGGCGCCGAGGCAGGAGCACCGACGACCACGGCGAGCUGGAGGUGGACCUGCUCGACUACCUGGACGAGCUCUUGGCCGACAACGUGAAGCUCACGCACGCCGAGAAGACGGUCAAGUCAGGCAUCGGCGCCCUCUGGAUCUUCGGCGGUGAGCGGUCCGCGGUCCUCUACGUCGAGUCCGUAUUUGCGGGCUCGUUCCGUCCUGGUGAGUUGCUUCGCGCCAAAGUGGGCGACCUGGUAAAGCCAGAGCGGCUGCAGCCUUCCAAGACCCAGACCUUCGACGACAUCGUCAUCUUCGACCACCCCGAGUGGCUGGGCGAGGUGCUGGGAUCCUGGGCUGCGAACGCCACCGACGAGCGGGCCCUCUUCCCGCUGGAUGCCGUCAGGACCGCUCGCCCCUUCAAAGCUGCUGCCGACAAGCUGGGCGCCGCCGCGUCGUUCUACCAGCUGCGCCACG